AUGAAAGAUGCAGAUAUUUUGGACCAGUAUGAAAUGAACAUGGCUGAGGGAAAUAUAACACCUGACGUUCUAGAACAUUUAUCUCAAAGAACUACACAGAACCAUAGAGAUGGUAUAUUUGGUGAAGAGUUUAGAAAGAGAGUUAGGGAGAGAGAAGGAAGAGAACCUAUUGUACAUGACCUUGCAAACGAAAGUUUGCAAAAUGUCAUAAAAACUUACUUUGCAGACAAUGAACCGAGAAGGGAUGAAUAUUUAAGAAAACUCAAAUGGACAGUACCAAAUGAAAUGUUAGUAUUGAAAAACAUGUUCCAUGACAAAAUAAAACCAACUACAGAAAUAAAUGACGCAAGACUGAAACGUUGGGUAAAAGCUUUCCCAUUCACAAAAGAUAUUAUUGGUAACAUGGAAAGAAAACCAGAAUGGCUACAAAAACAUAUAUUUGGAAACGAGCUUAUUCCAUAUGGACAAGCUAUAUUUGAAGAGCUUGAACCGGAAACUCAGGAAAGAGUCAUGCAAACAAUAAGCGACGACUCAAAUACAAACUAUGACAAAAUCUUUCUAGGAUAUUGGUUACCUGAGAUGGGCGACCAGAGCCCAAAGGCAAAAAGGACAUGGGAAAUUUACAACAUACUA